AAAAUCAGCACAAAACAAAAACACCUCCCUCUCUGUUCAUAGCCCUCACCACGAUCGCAGCUCCCUUCCACUCUCAAACCUCAACAAAACUCGAUCUUGAUCCCGAAUAGCUCGCAAAGUUUCGAUCUUUCUGUGAACCCACCUUCAAGAACAUGCCUCAAUCGUACACGCCCGCGUACUACUCGACGCUCCAUGAUUCCAUCACCUCUCUCUGCAAGACCAUACUUCCCUUCUCCUUCAAGAAGCGACGCUUGCCAUCCGCGGAGCACAAGCUCCAACAGAUGCAGUCUGACAACCUGAAGUGGCAGCAGGACUCUUUCCACCAGAUGCUCAACCUGAUGGGUCUCCACAAGGAAGGGAUUUUGGGUGAAAACGAGGUCUCGGCUUUUCGGUCCCACUUGCUAGAGACCCUCAUCGCCUCGCCGGUGUGUCACGAGCAUCCGACCAUACUGAGGGAUAAGUUGCUGUUCCUGCAGGAACUCUUGUAUGCCAAAUGUAUCACGGUGGAUCAGUACCACUCUUCGAAAAGGCCACUGCUGCAGAGACUUGCGGUUCAAGGAGCUGAGAUUGAUGCCAGAGAUGUCAUACUUGCUGGGCCAAAAGAGACAAAAGAGAAUUCUGAUGAAGAAUGGUCUGUCAUUGACUUGAAGGAUGAGAAUUCCAAGCUCAAUAAAGAGAACUUGCAGUCAAAGAACAAACCGAAGCAAAACUCGACUUUGAAGCAUAUUAAAGGAGCAGUUUCCGCUCUUAAUUUCGGAUCAUCUUACAAACCGAGCAAAAGCAAAGCCGAAAAAAGCAUAUUUGACACGUUCUCACAUAAUCUGAGCUCAUCAAAUUUCGACAUGUCUUCCUCUAACAAUGAAAACCCAUUCUGGGAUGGCCAUCUAAAGGAGAAAGAAACCGAAACAGAGUCAAUACUCAUGGCAGAAAGCUCGCCCCAAGAAUCUUUGAAGGAAAGUGGUGUGAGUAGCAAACAGAAGAGAAAACCAUUUAGGACUAUUUUUCAGAAAGAACAGAGGGAAGGACAUGGAGGUGACAACGGUAUUGGUACUGAAAGUGAGGAGAGAUCGUCAAAAUCAGCGAAGAAGCAGUGGGGUUUUGAAGGAUUCAAGAAAUGGAAGAGACACGAUUCAGAUGACGAGACCGCUCCUUUGUCACUUAAUGAAAGGUCAUAUAGUGAAGCUUAUGCAUGCAUCGGUGAGGGACCUGAUACUAAGCAGAUUAAGAGAAAGUUGCUUUCGGAUGGUUCCCCAUCGGAUUUCUUUAUUGAUAAGGUUUUGGGUGAUAAUAUAAAGAAGGAGCUGUCUCGUAUUCAAACAGAACUAGGCACCACAAACCCCACGAUGAAGUUCUCAGAUGAACAGAUUGAAGCCAUUUCAACUAAGCUUCCUGUGGACAAGGCUGAUCUGAAAAAAUUCUUCCCUAGAUCAUGGUGUGAUCAAUACGGGGAUCUGGUGCUCGACGUGGUGAAAAAAGAGUUCAAGGAUCACGUCGGGGAGAUGGAGAAGUUGAGAAAUGCUGCAAGAGAAAGACACAACCACUCAAACCGAUGGACGACAUUUGAUGACGACGAGAAUUGUCACCCAAAUCUUUUUGCUGCAAAUAAGGAUUACUCGUUGCCUCAGAACCAACCAUUUGAUGCUAACCGCUUCGAAGAAAACCCUUUCUUUCAGAACUACGCUGAAGGAUAUGGACGGAAGUACUAGGCCGAGAGUGGAUUCUGCUCUGUGCAAGGAAUCGACUAUGUUCCGAAUAGGAGUCAUGAAAUCUCGGGUUCAGAAAAAAAGCAAGGAGACCUUGUCUAUACUCUUCAACCAGUUCUUAUGAUCCAUGGGGAGUGUUACCAUUGCUCCCAGUAGUAUAUGUUGUAUUAGCUGUUGUAAACUGAUAGAAGAAAUCUGUUCUUCAAGAAAAUUCAAUUUCUUAU